AUGGCUAUAACUACUCAUGCCAUAACUGACCAUAGCAAUCAUGUCAUUUAUAAAUCAUUUUCUUUAGAUUUUUGCAGCUUCACCCUUGAUCCCAACACAGCGGGUGAACACCUCAUCCUCUCUGAGAACAACAGACAGAUGACUUACCCUGAGCAUCGUGGGAGAUAUAAGUUCCCCUGUAAGGUGUUUUGUAAGGAGAGUGUGUUUGGACGCUGUUACUGGGAGGUGGAGUGGAGCGGGAGAUGUGUGCACAUAUCAGUCUCAUAUAAAGAAAAGAGAGACAGAGGAAAGGGAUCAGUCGGUAUGUUUGGAAACAACAACACAUCUUGGAGUCUACAAUGUUUUCCCAAGCCUGUUUUCUGGCAUAAGAGCAUAAAAACUGAGAUCUCAAGCCCUCUGUCCUCUAGGGUGGGUGUGUAUGUAGAUCACAAAGCAGGAACUCUGUCUUUCUACAGUGUCUCUGAUACAGUGACCCUUCUGCACCGUGUCCAGACCACAUUCACUCAGCCCCUUUAUCCUGGGUUUUGGUUCAGUGCAUCAGGUUUUGGAGAUCUGCUCAAUCUAGACACCAAAGUGUUCUCCUCAGUGAAACUGUGUGAUCCAUAAACAAGUAUUGUGAUCCCCUUAUCUAAAAGCACCUUUACUCAUAUUUAAACAUUAACAUAUAUAAACAAAGUACUAAAAUGUUAUCACAAAUAUAUGAUGUAUAUGUAUGAUAGGAAUUAUUAUAUUUUGUAGAAUAACAUUUUUUAAUGAGAUGAAAAUGUGUUUGUAAAACUUGUUUUUUCUUCUUUAUGUUGACUCUCAUUGUCUGGAAGACUUCAGGAGAAUCUCAGCUGAGCAAUAAAACAAGACAAUCCUA